UGCAUGCUUGGUAGACACUUGUGCUAGUGUCUUAUGCUCUUGUUAGGUACCUUUUGUGGAGACAGCUUGGAAGAUGAAACAUUUAAAUUAUCGACUUUUAUAUUUGGUUUGAAUUUUGGGGACAUGUAAUAACUAUAAUCCUUGAACUAUUUAUGGUUUGGCUUUAUAGUGUGCAUGGAUGUUUGACAUUUAGCUCAAUCUGAAAUAUCGUUUUAAAGAUGCAUAAAGCGAUGUAUAUUAUUUGUUCACGCACAUGUCAUUGUUUUUUAAUGCAACAUGUAGGUAUUAUAUCUUUUGCAGGUGUCCCAAUUAUCAUCAGGGAAAGAUGGCUAAGAAGGUAUAUGUCGUAUUCAUUAGUCUUAGACCUGGAAUAUAUUAUGAUUGGAAAGAGUGUCAUGCACAGGUGGAUGGCUAUUCUAGGGCACAUUUCCGUGGUUACAGUUCCGUUGUGGAAGCAUCUAUAGAUUGGUCAGCUUUCUGUCGGAGAAGUAGCUCCCCAAAUGUACCAGGAGAUGAAAUUCCAGACGGUCGGGAUAGUCCAGUGCUGAAAGGUAGUGAGCAUUACAAUGAGAAUUGCACCAGUCAUCAACUACGUCGGUCCUCAAGACCAACCUUUAGUUCACCAACCACAGGUGUCACUAACGCACACAAAGAUUGUGAUGAAGAAAAUGGAAAUGAUGAUGCGGCGAUCAUUGUAAAGUUCAUAUUCGGAAUUUUUAUUUUGGUUCUCUUUAUUCAGCUCAUGUCACUACGCUGAAUAUGCUAUGUACUGUAACAUAAUUACUUAUGGACUUUUUCAUAACUAGUAAUUACAUCUGCAUGGA